CCUUGAUAUUUCUAAGGAAUAAACAUAAUACUGUUAUUAACACUGCUGUGAGAUGUGAGUAUAUACUUCAUUAUUCAUGCUAGACUUAGUUUCUAAAAAAGUCGCAUUACAAACUUUCACAAAACAACAAUUCCCAAAAACACCCUGCUGGAGUUUGUAAGGGGGCGUGGAAAUGCGAUUUCUGUAAACACAACGUGAGGAAGAAAGCAAAUGAGAGUCAAGUAUCUAUUGGAAAUAAUAAUAAAGAAAUAAUCGAAUAUUAACUAAUUGGAUUACUUAUGGCAUCUGAGCAAAAAGUAUCGGAGACAGGUGAAAGCAUUACCACAACUAUCCCAGUGGAUGAAGGAAAGGAGGUGUUUAAGAAAUGCAACGACAUUGCAUUUUAUAGGAGGCAGAAGGAGUUACAACAUGGAUCUUCUCAUUAUCGCGCCUUGAUGGAUACUCUGGUGCUAUCAGAGAGGGGAGCCCAGCUGAAACUAGUGCACACAGAUACAGAGGUCCCAUUACUUCUCCAAGUCUGUGCCGUCCAAGGUGGAAUUAUCCGGGUGAAGAUAAACGAGCUCCAGCCCAUUAGGCCGCGCUAUGAAGUCCCUGACGUUCUGAUUCACGAACCAGUCACCCAGCAGCUCACCCUAGAGCAGGCGGACGCAGACUCUCUCACCCUGCGAUGGGAGGAAACGCAGUCCCAGGUGCGGAUAGCACACUGCCCCUUUCGGCUGGAAGUGCUGUGCAGAGGGGAGGUGACUGCGACACUGAACUCUGAGGGGAGGUUGUGUUUUGAGCCACUGAAGGAUCCCCCGCAACACAGCACUUCAUCUCAGAAGGAAGAGGAAGAUGACACAUCAGGAUUAUGGAAAGAGAAAUUCAGACAGUUUGUAGAUAUCAAAGCUAAUGGGCCCAGCUCUGUUGGCCUGGAUUUCAGGCUGCAUGGCUUCUCAAAUGUUUAUGGGAUUCCAGAACAUGCUGACACACAUCGGCUCCAAGAUACCAGUGCCGGAGAGCCCUACCGCUUGUACAACCUGGACGUGUUUGCCUACAAGAUACAUAGCCGGCUGGGUCUGUACGGCUCUGUUCCCCUUCUGCUGGCUCACAAACCCGAGAGGACCAUUGGCGUCUUCUGGCUCAAUGCCUCUGAAACCCUGCUGCACGUCGACACUGGCGCAGAUCACCUGGUGAAGAGGAGGAGAAAGGCAGCCCACACUGAUCUCCACUGGAUGUCAGAGAGUGGCAUCAUUGACACCUUCCUCUUACUGGGCCCAACACCUUUCCAGGUUUUCGCACAGUACGCCGAGCUGACAGGCUGGCAGGCUCUGCCCCCUCUCUUCUCCCUGGGGUAUCAUCAGUGCCGCUGGACCUACAGGGACGAGGCCGACGUCAAGGCGGUGGACCAGGGUUUUGACCAGCAUGAAAUCCCUUAUGACGUCAUCUGGUUGGACAUCGAGCACACGGAGGGCAAGCGCUACUUCACCUGGGACAGCAAGCUGUUCCCGGACCCCGUGGGCCUGCAGGAUCACCUCCUAAACAAGAACCGCAAGUUGGUGGUGAUCAGUGAUCCUCAUGUCAAAAUUGAUCCAGAUUACUCUGUGUACUCUGAGGCCAAAGACUUGGGACAUUUUGUGAAAAACAGAGACGGCAACCCCUACCAGGGCUCCUGUUGGCCAGGCCCCUGCUGUUACCUGGACUUCAGCAGUCCAAAAGCACGUGCUUGGUAUGCCUGUAUGUUUUUUCUUCACAAAUACAAGGGAUCCACGGAGGCGCUGUUUGUGUGGAAUGACAUGAACGAGCCCUCGGUUUUCGGCGGGCCGGAGCAGACCAUGCCAAAGGACACAGUGCAUUGUGGGGGCUGGGAGCACCGGGAGCUUCACAACCUGUACGGCUUCUACCAGCACUGGGCCACAGCAGAGGGGCUAAUUGUUAGGUCAGAGGGUACCGAGAGGCCGUUUGUCCUCUCACGCUCCUUCUUCGCUGGCUCUCAGAGAUUUGGAGCUGUGUGGACAGGCGACAACGUGGCCAGCUGGGACUACCUGAAGAUCUCCAUCCCGAUGCUGCUGACUCUGAGCAUUACAGGGAUUGCCUUCUGUGGUGCGGAUGUGGGGGGUUUCACCCAGGACCCAGACCCAGAGCUCCUGGUGCGCUGGUACCAGGCGGGGGCGCUGCAGCCUUUCUUCCGAGGGCACUCUGACUGCCAGGCGCGGCGGCGCGAGCCCUGGCUGUUCGGAGAGGAGGUUACCAGCCUCGUGAGGCGAGCCGUCUGUGAGCGGUACUGCCUGCUCCCUUACUGGUACUCCCUCUUCCGCCAGGCCCACGUCUCGGCCCGCCCCCCGCUGAGGCCUCUGUGGGUAGAAUUCCCCCAAGACCACCAGACCUUCGCAGUGGAAGACCAGUACAUGAUAGGAAAUGCUUUGCUGGCUUGCCCUGUUACUGAUCCUGGAGUCACCAAGAUAAAGGUUUUACUUCCUGGGUCUGGUGAGUGCUGGUACGACACCCACACCUUCCAGAGGUUUGGAGGAGGAAGGACUGUCAGGAUCCCUGUUACUUUGGACACCGUCCCAUUGUUCCAGAGAGGUGGCACUGUGGUUCCCAGGAAAGUGGGCGCUGGCACAUGCACAGCUGACCAGUGGCUCCUGCCCUUCACUCUGACCGUGGCACUGGACACCAAGGGCUGCGCAGAGGGAGAGCUGUAUGUGGAUGAUGGCCAUUCAUUCAACUAUAAGUCCAAGAAAGAGUUUGCCCUACGCAAGUUUGCCUUUCUCCACGGCACUCUGUCCUCCAGCUGUGCUGACGACACGGGGACGUUCGACCCCGAGAGCACAGUGGAAAGUGUGCGACUCAUGGGCAUUAGGAAGAGACCAACUGCAGUGACGGCUCGGGUCUCUGGUGGCAGUGAAGACAGUGUGGCGUUUGCUUACGAGAAAACGACUUCUCUUUUAACUGUGGAGGGACUGAGGCUGCCUGUUGUGCAAGACUGGCUGCUGCAGAUAGAAUAAGAACUACCAUUUCAGUUCAUCCCGUGUACAACAUCUAAGCUUUUACUGCAAUUCAAGAAGCCACAGCUACUACAACUUUUUCUCCUGUCUUGCACAGACUUAAUUUCUGUAUCAUCCUGCUAAAGAAGGUGUUUCCUGCAACAUAAAGGUUUAUCGAGCCCAGGAUCCCAGGGAAUCGUCUUCAGCAACAUGGCACUUUCUCUUGCAUCCCCACAAUUAUCGGAUAGAGAAAUAUUUCUCACUUUCACCACUUAGGGUGACACAGUCGGCAAAAGUAUAAAAGAGAAUUUUAAUUGGGAACUAUACAUUAUAUCAAAAAGAUAUUUUAAGUGAGACAAUCAUACAUUUUAAGCUUUAAGUCAUUAAAGUCGAUCAUUCACGGGGUUUCUGUCAGGAGCUCUCUGUGGUGUGUUGAUGGGAUGUAAGCAGACAGUCCCUGGUUUUGAAAACAUUUCGCCAUACAGCUGUAGGUUUGUCAAAAGGCAAUGAUUAAGCAAACCAGUGUUUCUAAAGAACUUUUAAUAAAUGUGGAAUGUAAAACCAGAUCUAGAACGUAACUGAAUCCUACAUUUGCUAAAACUUAGAAAAGAAAAAAGAAAAGCAGAGUUGAGCAAGGAUUUCCUCUACAGAACCUGUGUGGGCUAUCACACAGAAAAUCUAUUUUAACUUGUUCUUGAUUAGGGAUUCAUUUAUUUUACAUGCUAGACAGAUUGGCGAGAUUACAUGUUUUAGAGCUACCCCAACCAUAUAGAUUCCUCAUUUCAAGUUCCAGUAAAGAUUUUAGACACUACAUGAAUAUUUUAAAAGGAUAUGUAUCAAACAGAAUCCUCACAAGAAGCACUGUAUUUACACAGCAAGCAGAGUUGUAGCCAAUCAAAAGAGCCUAACUGAUCAUUAAAUACACUUCUGUAGCAAAUCGGUCCUCCUCAAACUGAAAGUGCUUUCUGCAUUACAAAAAGCUCUUGGAUUAAUCAUUUGCAUCAAAAAGUGUAAUUUCAUGUUGCUCUUGAUAUUUUUAAGCAAUAGUAUGACACGUAAAAAAGUUGUUACUUUGUUCUGAUCUAGUGCUGCUUUUCAUUUUAUAUUAUCUACACAGUAAUUAACAUUGCAUAAGUGAAAAUCAGACAACUAGAUGCCUCUAUGGAAAGGCAAUCCAAGAAGUAGUUUUGAUCAAGUUACAGUUUGUAAUCUUUUUAUUUUCACAAGCAGCAUCAAUACAGAUAACUACAUAAACUAUGUAAGAUGUAUAUUGUAUUUUUAAACAUUUUUUGUAACACUUUAUAAAGGAUGUUUUACCCAUGUAUAUAUAUGGAUUACUUGUAUGGAAAAAAUAUUCAGUCACAAGCUUGUUUACACCAAUCAACAUUAAGCAUUAAAAUCAGGCUGAGCCUUCA